UGUAUUGAGUGUACUGGUGUGGUGCGUCCGUCCACGAAGCCACAAGCAAACCGCAUCCCCCCUCCUCCUCUUCCUCUACCUCCUCCUCCUCCUCCUCUUCCUCUUCCUUUAUGCUACCGAAAGCGAAAAUAUAUAUCGAGUAUAGGGAGAUAAUUUGCGCCGUGGUAGCUGCAGGGAAGCGGAGUUGAGGACUCGGGGAAGAGAGCGGCUGUUUCUGCAGCUCGGUGCGGAGCGGACCGGAGAGGAGACACGAACCCAGAACAAAGGAGGCUCCGAGCACGGCAUGUCGUGCCAUUAUCUGUGAACCCCGGCCAAAUGCCUCUGUGAGAGCCACAACAGCACACCGGGCUGCUCGCGUUUUUCUCGACGAAAAAAGAGGGAGAGAGAGAAAGGAGACGCACCGCAAAAUAAUUUAACAGGGAGAGACGCGCAAGAGCAAGUCGGCGGCUGCGAUGUUUCCUCAAAACCGACCCCCGGCACCUCUACAGCCACCCCCAGGGUCCUCUGCCUCAGUGGUGGCUGCUGCUGCAGCAGCAGCCGCAGCAGCAGCUUCAGGAACACCCCAGUCACUGAAACUAACCUACCCAGAAACUCUGGACCGCAUCAAGGAGGAGUUUCAGUUCCUUCAGACACAGUACCACAGUUUGAAACUGGAGUGUGAGAAACUGGCCACGGAAAAGACUGAGAUCCAAAGACACUACGUUAUGUAUUAUGAAAUGUCCUACGGCCUUAACAUCGAAAUGCACAAACAGACAGAGAUUGCCAAGCGGUUGAACGUGAUCUGUGCUCAGCUCAUCCCCUUCCUGUCACAGGAGCACCAGCAACAGGUGGUCCAGGCCAUGGAACGCGCCAAACAGGUGACCAUGGGGGAGCUAAAUGCUUCGAUAGGGGUACGUGGGCUCCCCCCUCUGCCUUAUAGCCAGCAGCUUCAGGCCCAGCAUCUCUCCCAGCAUGCCCAGGGUUUGCCUGUGGGUCCACACCCAUCAGGACUGCCUCACCCUGGCCUGGCGCUCGGGGGAGGGUCCAGCCUCCUGGCCCUGUCUGGGGCUUUGGGGGCCCAGCUGGCUGCCAAGGAUGAGAGGGCGCACCUUGAAGCAGCAGCUGCCGCCGCCGCUGCGGCAGAGCACCACAGAGACCGUGAAGCUGGACCAAGCUCUCUGUCCAACGGGGAUAAGGGUCGCCAAGCAGACUACCUCAGCAACGGCAAGAAGAGGAAAGCUGAUGAAAAGGAGUUUAUGACGGACUAUGGCAGCGAUGCGGAUAAGAGUGAUGAUAAUUUGGUGGUGGAUGAGGACCCUUCAUCCCCGCGCAGUGUGCAGUCCUACUCAUCCAGGGAAAAUGGUCUGGAUAAGAGGCCUCCCUCCCGUAAGGAGGGGCCCCCUCAGGCCAGCCCCACCUCCCUGGCCUCGUCCAGCAGUGCCACUUCCCCCUCUCGUGGCAAAGAGCCCCCACAGAGAGAGAAAUCUAGCACUCCAGGUAUGAAGCCAGGGACUCCCAUGUCUCAGGAGUCCAACACUCCCGGACCAAGCGGGCCCCCACAGUUCAGGCCUGUGCCAGGCAAGCCUGGUGUCGACCCCCUUGCCCUGGGUCUGAGAAACCCCUUGGCGGUCCAGGGAGGGUACCCUCCCGGAGCUUUCGGCCUGCCCCCGGGUGUGAACGGGGACCUGCCCGGGGCGGCGGGCUAUGGGGGGGGGCUCCACUUGGUCUCCCCCCAGAUGAACGGAGCUGCAGCGGCGGCUGCGGCUGCGGCUGCUGCAGGCUAUGGACGGUCCCCUGUGGUGGGCUACGAGUCUUCACACCCACACAUGAGGGUCCCCGGGCUGCCAGCCAGCUUACAGCCGGCUGCUGGGAAACCCGCCUACUCGUUCCAUGUGAGCGCAGACGGCCAGAUGCAGCCGGUACCGUUCCCCCCUGACGCCCUGCUGGGUCCGGGAAUCCCGCGCCAUGCUCGUCAGAUCCACACGCUGAACCACGGAGAGGUGGUGUGCGCCGUCACCAUCAGCACCUCCACGCGCCACGUCUACACCGGAGGCAAGGGCUGCGUCAAGGUGUGGGACAUCAGCCAACCAGGGAGCAAGAGCCCCAUGGCCCAGCUGGACUGUCUGAACCGGGAUAACUACAUCCGCUCCUGCAAGCUGCUCUCCGACGGGCGAACCCUGAUUGUGGGCGGGGAGGCCAGCACGCUGUCCAUCUGGGAUUUGGCCACGCCGACUCCGCGCAUCAAGGCGGAGCUGACGUCGUCGGCUCCCGCCUGCUACGCUCUGGCCAUCUCCCCCGACAACAAGGUCUGCUUCUCCUGCUGCAGUGAUGGGAACAUCGUCGUCUGGGACCUUCACAACCAGACUCUAGUCAGGCAGUUCCAGGGUCACACAGACGGGGCGAGCUGCAUCGACAUCUCCAACGACGGCACCAAGCUGUGGACAGGAGGGCUGGACAACACGGUCCGCUGCUGGGACCUCCGAGAGGGACGGCAGCUGCAGCAGCAUGACUUCACCUCACAGAUCUUCUCUCUGGGCUACUGUCCGACAGGCGAGUGGCUGGCUGUAGGGAUGGAGAGCAGCAACGUGGAAGUCCUGCACGUGUCCAAACCUGACAAGUACCAGCUGCACCUCCACGAGAGCUGCGUCCUCUCCCUCAAGUUCGCCUACUGCGGUAAAUGGUUUGUGAGCACAGGAAAAGAUAACCUUCUGAACGCGUGGCGGACACCCUACGGAUCCAGCAUAUUCCAGUCCAAGGAAUCUUCGUCGGUUCUCAGCUGUGACAUCUCCCCCGACGACCAGUUCAUCGUCACAGGUUCCGGGGACAAGAAGGCCACAGUCUACGAAGUCAUCUACUGAAGUCUAGCGGCUUGACGAAGUAAACUAGUAAUCAGGGGAGGAGCUGAGGCUCUCUACUGCACCAAUGACUGUACAGAGCGUCAGUGGCAUGGAACAAAAGAGACAUUCAACUUGUACUUUUGUUGUUUUGUUCAUGUUCGUGAGAGAUGAGAAAAGCAAAGAGGCGCAAAGUCACAUCUCUGGAAAAAACAAAGUGAUUUUAAUCUCUGAGAACGCUAGUCGAUAGCUGCGCAACUGUGGGAUUCUCCAAAGAACUUUUGAUUUUGUUCUUUUUUUUUUUUGUUCAUUUUUUUAAAACAAAAUAAAACCUCCUGUAGUGAACGUGAAAUUAGCAAAAAAAAGAAAAAAAAAAAGAAAAUAUUUUUUUAGCUUUUGAAUUUUCCAAACAGUUGCUUUGUUUCGAGUGGGAGAUGAAAAGAAAGCGGUAUAAAAGGGUUAAUGGAAAAC